AUGAAUCACCACCUCCCUGCCAUGCCGCAUGGGCAGCUGCCCAUGCCUCCUUCAAGGCGCCAGCAAGACUUCUCUUACAACGCUGCGCCUCCCCACAUGCGAUCACCACAGUACAUGGGAUAUCCUCCUCACAUGAAUGGCCACAUGCCUCAUCAACAAUACUCAUCUCAGCAAUACCCUUACUGGUACCCACCAUAUGGACAUAUCCAGGGCCCCCCACGUCCAUACCAGGCGCCCUAUGCACCGAUGAUUGUAUCCUCUUAUCCUCACUCGCAGCCUGUCAUGGCGCCCACGCAUAUUCCUCAUUCGAUGCCCAUGCAUCAUCAAAGAACUCCGACCCCACUGCAACCGAUCAUGUCUCCAUCUGUCAUGCAUCCAUCGAUUCAGCCCAUUCAGCCCGAAGUGCAGGAAUAUCCUGCUAUUCUACCGCACUCGGCCCAGGGAUAUCCCAUCGCUUCUCCGCCACCACGAUGGGAGCCACAGUCAAACUUGCCGCCGAAGCCCACUUUUGCCGCACCAAUUCCUUGGCUCUCUGUUCCUGAGCAGCCCUUCCCGGCCAGAAUCCCACACAGACGUCGCAAGGGCCGUGUCAUGCAAUCAUCGGUUGAGCUUCCUACCAAAGACACGCACAUGGUCAUUAAAGGAGAUGAAAACGAAGAGGUUCAGCCAUCGACUUCAUCCACCCAAGAAUCUUCAGAACCUCAAACCCCAACAACCGCCACAUUCCAACAGUCAGAUGCAGACUCCACACAAUCCACCACUCCUUCGUCAGUUGCGAGAUCACAGGCACAGUCGAAAAGCUCAAAGCCUGCUCCGGUUAUUCCAGUGGUGCCCAAUGUCCCAUCUACCCCACGUCGCCAAGCCAAGGAUGGUAGCGUCGCAUCCGGAACUCCUAAAUCAACUGAACCUGCUACUCCUGCCCAAGUGGUAGAAUCUGACGAAGCUCCUUCCACUGAUACCAAGACAAUCUCGCCCGUAUCAGUUGCACCCAAGUCUUGGGCUGAUUUGGUCCGUUCGAAGGAGUCGGCAAAAGCAGCAAGCGUCGCCGCCGCGGCCGGUUUGGCUGAGCCACACGGAUUGCCUGUUCAGAAAAACAAAUCCCUCGCAGAUGUCCUGAGCAAAUUGGGAGAAGAUGUGACUCAAUACAGCGACAAGAUCGCUUUCCUUGAACCUCGCGGACUAGUCAACACUGGAAACAUGUGCUACAUGAACUCUGUGUUACAAAUUCUUGUUUCUUGUACCCCGUUCUACCAGUUUCUUGAUCAUCUUGGCCGACGUGCUGCACACACCUUCCACAGCGAUCUUCCUUUGAUCGAUGCGAUGAUCAUGUUCAUGAAAGAAUUCCGUGUUAUUGACGCGGCUACUUCCGAAGACCAACUUCGUCUCAGAUUGAAGCCCAAUGAGCUUGAGCAAUAUGGCGAGUCUUUCGUCCCUGAAUUUGUUUAUGAGAUGGUUCGACAGCUGCCACGAUUCAGGGACAUGCGGCGCGGACAUCAGCAAGACGCUCAAGAGUUCUUAGGCUUCCUUCUCGAGGAGAUGCACGAGGAGUGCGCUCGUGCCGAAUCGCACACUGCUGCGAAGAAAAGUGGCGAUUCUUCCGUCGAUGGCUGGUUGGAAGUUGGCCAUAAGCAAAAAUCAGCGAAUAUUCGGGGAAAGCUUCGCUCGGAAUUCAAGGUGCCUGGUAAUAAGACAUCUGUCACAUUGGAACCCUACCAACCUUUGCAACUCGACAUUGGGUCGCAUGACGUUCACAACAUUCUCGAUGCGCUCAAGGGAAUGACAAAGCCGGAAAGCAUCCAGGGUGAUUUCAACUCGUCGCGCGGACCCAACAUCACCGCGACCAAACAAAUCUUCAUCGAGACCUUGCCCCCUGUCCUCAUUCUUCAUCUCAAACGCUUCCAGUAUGACAGUGUCACAGGUGCCACUCAGAAGAUCUGGAAAAAGGUUGGAUAUCCCCUAGACCUGGAGCUUCCGCGGGAGGUUUUCCCACCUCAUCGGCGUAACGCCAUGACUUCCCAGGGAGGUCCCCCAAAGUAUCGCCUUAUGGGUGUCAUCUACCACCACGGCAAGAACGCCAGCGGUGGUCACUACACAGUCGAUGUUCGGCGACAGGAAGGCUUGGAAUGGAUCCGCAUGGACGACACCUCUAUCCAUCGCGUUCGCAGCGAGGAAGUGGCGGAAGCUGGUGGCGAGGAAGACCCCAAGCUUCUCGCUGCCGCACUUGAGCAGCACAAGCAUGGAAAGAUCCCGAACGGCAAUAUCUUCGACCAUAUCGAUCAGGAUGACAUGGAUUUGACUGACAGCGAUAAGGGCUGGAGCCAGGUCAAUGGCAACGGUGCCAACGGACAUGCAAGUAAGAAAUCCGUGAACGCAGUCACUCCACCUCCCGCCGCUCCCUCUGGGGUCCGAACUCCCCUGGGCCGCUAUGGUUCUCGUGACAACAAAGUGGCCUAUCUAUUGUUCUACCAGCGAAUGGAUUGA